CGUACUCUGUCACUUGACUCCUCUCCUUCUUCUUCUCUCUUUCUUUUUCCCUUUUCGUCUGUUUGGAUACUGAGAAAGUGGGGAGAUAAAAUCUCUUUCGCUGCAAUGGCGGUUUCGGCCAAAUGGAUUUGGGGUUUCCUCGCUGUGCUGUUCAUUGGAGCAAUGGCGAACGCGACGGAGGACAAGAUCUCUCUCUCCAGAGCCGAGGAGGAGCCGGAAUGGAACGAACAUGCGGUGGCGGAUCCAGACAAGGUUGCGGACGAAGUCGCCUCCUUGGUUGAUAUGAGCAUGAGGAACCACACGGAGAGGAGGAAACUGGGGUACUUCUCUUGCGGAACGGGCAACCCGAUCGACGACUGUUGGAGAUGCGACGCCAACUGGCACAAGAACCGCAAACGCCUCGCCGACUGCGGGAUCGGCUUCGGCCGAAACGCCAUCGGCGGCCGCGACGGCCGUUUCUACGUCGUCACCGACCCGCGAGACGACGACCCUGUCAACCCCAAACCGGGAACUCUCCGCCACGCCGUCGUCCAGGACCGACCGCUAUGGAUCGUGUUCAAUCGCGACAUGGUGAUCCAGCUGAAGCAGGAGCUCAUCGUCAACAGCUUCAAGACCAUUGACGGUCGUGGAGCCAACGUCCACAUCGCCAACGGAGGGUGCGUCACGAUUCAGUACGUUACGAAUGUGAUCAUCCAUGGGUUGCAUAUCCAUGACUGUAAACCCACCGGUAACGCCAUGGUGAGAAGCUCCGAGACGCAUUUCGGGUGGAGGACGAUGGCCGACGGUGACGCCAUUUCCAUUUUCGGAUCGAGCCAUAUCUGGGUUGACCACAAUUCUCUGUCUCAUUGCGCUGACGGGCUUGUCGACGCUGUCAUGGGCUCCACUGCCAUCACCAUAUCUAACAACCACUUCGCCCACCACAACGAGGUGAUGUUGCUUGGACAUAGCGACUCAUACACAAGGGACAAAGCUAUGCAAGUGACCAUUGCUUACAAUCAUUUCGGUGUCGGUCUCAUCCAGAGGAUGCCGAGGUGCAGACACGGAUACUUCCAUGUCGUGAACAACGACUACACCCACUGGGAGAUGUACGCUAUCGGCGGAAGCGCGAACCCGACGAUCAACAGCCAGGGCAACCGAUAUGCCGCCCCGGCCAACCGUUUCCCCAAAGAGGGGACAAAGAGAUGGAACUGGAGAUCGGAAGGAGACUUGCUUGUGAACGGCGCUUACUUCACACCCUCCGGAGCCGGAGCUUCCGGAAGCUACGCACGUGCCUCGAGCCUCGCUGCCAAGUCCUCGUCGAUGGUCGGAACCAUCACUAGCGAUGCAGGUGCUCUCCCUUGCCGCAAAGGCCGUCGCUGCUCCUCAUAGUCUUCUGUUUCACAGCAUUCCGACAAAAGUGUACAUUUCCACACGUUUUGUCAUUGAUACCACUUCCCCCUUCAAGCCUUAUCACAAUCCCCAAGCCAUUGUUUUUUUGUUCUUUUUUAUAUUCCUCGUUCAACCUCGGGUUUGCUUCGGCCGCAAGUAACACAGAAUCAACUUCAUGGGAGCAAAAAAAAAAAAAAAAAAAAAAAACCUGAAGUGUUGUUGGCUC